GUGUUUGGAGGGGAGGGCUGGCUGCAAGACCUGCUGCUGGCUGCAGCGUUUUCUCUCUUAUGACACUGAAAACAUGGGGACGGGUGUCCCUAAAAGGCUGCUCAGAAGGAAUUUUUCGCUCCACUUUGCACCUGAUGUGUUUCAGGGGAAAGCUCUUAGUAGAGUCCGGGGCAAACACGGGGAAGGGGUUAGCACUGAGGUUUGCGUAUCCUACAUCUCCUUUACCAGGGUACAGGAAACCUGGGCGGGAGCCAUGCUUGUGGCCUGGUGGGUCUGGUGUCCUCAUGUCUGGCUGUUGCCAGCCUUGGGGUCAGCCCCAUGCUUGUCUGGCCAGACAUGGGCAGAGUGGAGGGGCGUCCCUGGCUCCUUUGGAUGGCCCAUUUGGAUGCUGUAGCUCCUGCGCUUGCCCUCUCUGCUGCUGCCUGGGGGCUCUGCAGCUGGCACAGCAGCACACGGUCCCCACUGGAGGGACGUUGCAGAGUGGCACCGCUCCCUGGCGCUACACUGAGGCGAGCACUUGGCCCAGGCUUAGAAUAUGCCUUGCAGGACCCCGGGGCAGCCUUGCUGCUUAAUAUUGAUGGACUCUGCCUGUGUGGAGGCCUGGGGGCCCUAACCCUGCAGAUCAUUUUCGCAGCUGCUGUGCUGGCUCAGGUUCCUCCUUGCUUACAGCACAGCUCUCAGGUGGGACGAGGGGCUCCGCAGGCAGGGGGGCACUUCACAGCAUGGCCUCUGCUUGGGGCUGCCCCUGGGCUGCUCCUCUGCCAGUGCAUGGUGGUGUCUGAGGUGGAUCCAGGGGAGGGAAAGGAGGAAAGCGCUGGGACUCUAGAAUGGGGCUGUGAGGUUGGGAGAGGAGCAGACUUGGUCCAGAGGUCAAAGUGAAGUAGCAUCCAGACUCAGGGUUUUGGGGGUGAGGAGAGGGAUCAGGGGAGGAGGGGUAAUCCUGGCCUGGCUCCCUCACGUCUGUCUUGUGCAGGUUCCCCCACUAACAAACCUGUUGGGAAGGGCUGGUUCUGGGAUCAUCCCUGGAACUAGCCCAGCAUCCUGGAUGCUCAUGCCUUCUCUGGUUUCCUCUGAGUCAGACUCUCCGUGUCACUCCCCCGGCCCCCUCCCCGCCGGGAAAGACGAGAUGAGGCCAGAGAGUAUCUGAACCCAGACACCGAGGGGCCUGUGCCCCCCAGCCCAUGCAGAAAGCUGUCCCAGCAGCAGUGGCCCUACAGCCUCCAGGAGUCUGGGCUCAGCUCCCCCUGCUCUGCAUCCUUGCGCAGGGCAAAGGAGAGGGCCCCACUCUGCAGGCGUGGCACGGCAGGGAUGAGGAGCCGGCAGCGGAUGUUUGCAGCGGUGAUGCGCCUGCUCCUCAAGUGCCUGCGGCUGGGGCGGCGGCGGCGGUUUAAGCUGGUGUGGCAGGCGGAGCAGCUGUGGCACUAUGGGCACCUCUGCCUCCGCUCCCUGCUCUACAAUUCCUUCACCAACAGCGACGUGGUGCUUGACUCCCUCUUCGAGCCCAUCUACUGGCUGGUGGACCAUGUCACCCGGUGGUUCGGAGUGGUUUUUGUGGCACUGGUGAUCGGGCUGACGAGCUCCAUCGUGGCCAUUGUGUAUAUCUGCCUGCUGCCCCUCAUCCUCCAGACCUACACACCUGCCUGGAUCUGCUGGCAUCUGGCCUAUGGCCACUGGAACCUCAUCAUGAUCGUCUUCCACUACUACAAGGCCAUCACAACCUCACCUGGGCACCCACCACAGGCCAAGAAUGAUCUCACCGGCGUCUCCAUCUGCAGGAAAUGCAUCGCCCCCAAGCCAGCUCGCACCCACCACUGCAGCAUCUGCAACAGGUGUGUGCUGAAGAUGGACCACCACUGCCCCUGGCUAAACAACUGUGUGGGACACUACAACCACCGCUACUUCUUCUCCUUCUGCUUGUUCAUGACCAUGGGCUGCAUCUACUGCAGCAUCAGCGGCUGGGAGAUGUUCCGGGAUGCCUAUGCAGCCAUUGAGAGAAUGAAACUGCUUGAGAAGGAGAGACUGCAGGUGGCUGCCAACCAGACGUACUACCAGACCCCACCGCCCACCUUCUCCUUUCGCCAGCGAGCUUUCCACAAGAGCGUGGUCUACCUCUGGGUGCUGUGCAGGAAAUUAAAUGAGCCCUUACAGAGCUGUGGGUGCAGAGAGACAUUCUCAGCCCUCCACAGCAGUGGCACCAGGGAAGGAAGGCCUGUGUGCAGCCUGCUGUCCCUUGCUGUCCCCAGCUCGGUUGCAUUGGCCCUGGGUGCCCUCACGCUGUGGCAUGCUGCCCUCAUCACCCGCGGGGAAACCAGCAUUGAGCGGCACAUCAACAGGAAGGAGAGGCAGAGGCUGCAGAAGAAAGGCAAGGCACUGGCUCACCCGUGUCCUGCUGCCCUCUCCUCACUUGCCCCACGGGACAGGACUGAGCUGGGACCUGCCUCCCUGCGUGACCCAGCAGCACACCCCACUCCUGGCCAUCUGAGCCCCGGUGCUGCAGACAUCCCUCCCCGCAGGCAGGGGAGCGCGCUGGGGACCCGCUCUGCCACCAUGACUCCCUUUGGCCCAAGCACCUCGUGGAAGGCUGGUGCUGACACAUACCAUUGAUCGGAGUCACGGGAAACUGUUUGGACAGUGUCGGUGCCUGGACACCUGCUCUCAGCUCCUUGGUGGCUGCAGGCAGCCCUGGGGAAAGGCAGCAGAGCUGCCGCUCUGCGCUCCCACUGAAGGUGCUGCCCUCGCCAGCACAGGUACGGGUCGGCACAGGGUCCAGCUCAACUCCACGGCAGGGCAGGGGCAGAGGCAAAGGAUGACGCCCUGCCCCCAGGCACACCCCAGGGAGCCUUUUAAAGACCAACUAAUAAAUAUUUUUUUCUAAGAAA